AUGUUUGGAAAUCUUAUUAUUUCUUCACAACAAGUUACAUAUAACAACUCCAUAGAUCACAAAAUAAAUAUUGAAAAACCCCGAAGGCUUACAGAUACCAAAAGACUACAUUUAAAAAUGCCAAUAUUUUUAAAAAGAGCUACAAAAGAACAGGAAAUAAUUUCUAAAAUAGAGGAAGUUAUAAGAGUCACGAGAAAGGUUGAAGGAAGAAAUUGGAAAACUAAGAUCCAAGAAGUUUUUCCUAAAAAAUUCUGUGACAUACAAAAAGCGGCUCAGCGAGUAUAUAAAUUAUAUACUUACAGAGGUCUUUCCAAUCUUUUCGGGGCGCAGACCAUUACUUCUUAUGUUUUGAUGAGGAUAUACAAUAAAGAUUUUGAUCAAUUAAUCCUAGAAGCCCAAACACAGAAAUCUCAGGAAGAGGCAAAGUUAAUUAAUCUGUACGAUACUUUCGCAGGGGCUCAAGAACAAGAGG